AUGCAUCUGCAGGCAUUUAUCGGGUCCCUCGCGCUCUCCGGAGUAGCUGUGGCCUUCUCAGAUGCCACGCCCUGGAUCCUCUACUCUACCGCAUCCUUCCCUUCGACGGAUUCGAAACAGCUCCAGAUGAGCGCCGACGUUUUGCAAAACACAAAGGAAAUUCUCUCAAGUUGCCCAACUAGCCACUAUGUUUUCGCGACGCAGCCCGGGAUGAUGUCUUCUGAUCUCCAGCGGAACGAAGGCUCGGACAUGCCGUCACUCCAUCGCGCGGUCACCCUGGACGACCGUAUCCAAGGAAAAUACAUCGUCUCCGAAGUUGUUGGGGAUAUCAAUGCUGGAAACCUUGUAAACUUUGUUAAGACUGCCUGCUCGCAGAGCGGGAAAGCGGCCAUCGUCGAGCAAGUCUCAUUAAGCCAGCUGCCGCAAGAGGACAGGCAAGAUGCUCUUCUCAUCAACGACCGUGCCCUUGGCGAACGCAUCGGCAAAGAAAACGGACACGAAAGCUUCACGGUCCUCUUCUACGCCACUCGACCAGAGCCCGCCUACGAGGCGCAAUUUGACGAGGCCGUUCACCAGGACCUUCGAAGAGCUACGCAGGACAUCAAGAAUCCCGAGGAAAAGGAUAACAGACCGCUGUUUGAAAAGUACCAGUUCUUCACACCAGGCGUCUUUAUGGGUCUGAUCACAGCCAUUGUUCUUUCCAGUAUUCUAGGAGUCGGAAUUAAGGCACUCGGCAGCCUUGAGGUCUCGUAUGGCGCGUUUGAGAAGGAGAUGGGACCAGCCGCACAGAAGAAGCAGUAG